AUAGGCUGCUGCAACAGUAGAAUGGAAGAAGUGAACAGAGCUCUAGUGGCGCUACGGGAUGCUGUCGCAUUACAGUGGCAGAGGAGAGCCGAGAAGCCUUUCAAUGAGUCCUACGUCAUGAUAGAGGAACUCAGUUUUCCCACAACGGCUUCUAAUGAGGUUUCCUCCAAACGUUUACAGUAUGCCGAAGGCUCCUAUACGUUUGAACACACGUCGUCCUCAUUUUCCGGCCUUGCAAUUUUUCGAGUGACCGCGAGAGUCCCUACGAGUAUUGAACCCGUUUUCUUCUACAUGUCAAUGGAAACUCGCUCACUGGACACCAGCCGUACAAGGCAAAUGAACCUAUGCCAGAUUUUGCAGCUGGCUCAGGAGCAUAAGACACCUUUCGUUAACGUGGUUAUGGGAUCUAAUACCAACGCAUCGCAGCGUUCUCGCAAGAAUAGUGGGAUUAUUGCUCCCUUCCUGGCGGCGGCCUCGAACGCAGCAAAGUGUCUACCCACGAUAUCGCUCAUAAGCGGUACAGGUGCCAGAGGGUCUAAUGCUCUCCUGUGUGGGGCGUUGAGACGGGUUGUUUUGGUGGAUGUCCCGGACUGCGCCUACUCUGUUGAGUCCCUAUCAAGCAUCGCUGAAGGAGGCGCAUGUAAAAGUCUAGAUGCAGCUCACCUCUCGGGCGCUGGUGAUGUAUAUUGGAGAGUUAAAGCAGAACAGGAAGGAUUUGAACGAAUUCUUGGAUACUUGGAGUUGGUCAUCACUUCAACAACUGCGGGGAUGCGACAAGAGGCUCUUGAGAAUAUCGAUCCUAUUGAACGGGAAAUCAAAUAUGUUCCUGGUAUGAAUCACGAUCCCCGAUGGCUCUGUGCUGGCCGGCCGACUCUGCAUGGUCUUGAACCGGGUAUUCUGGACGUGGGCACAUUCACUGAGUUCAGAGCAGGAUUCGCCAAGGCUGCUGUGGUUGGUAGAGGCCGUUUAGGAGGUAUCCCAGUUGGCGUAGUCUUGUCCGAGAACAGGACCACUACCAAACAUCUAGAUGAGGAAGGGAAACCAAUCGAUUUCCCACCCAAUUCAGUGUCGGAGGCAGGCCAGGUGUGGUUCCCUGAUUCGGCGAGGAAGACUUAUGAGGCUCUCAGAGACUUUGCUCAAGAGGGAUUGAAGGCAAUUCUUAUCGUGGCUAAUUGGAGAGGUUUCUCAGGCGGUAUGCGGGAUAUGUACAAGGAGAUACUGAAAGAGGGAUCGCGUAUUGUCGAUGCUUUGGUGGCCUGUGAAGCUCAUGAUGUUAGCGUGCUUACUUAUAUUCCACCAUUUGGAGAACUCAGAGGAGGCUCUUGGGUCGUCAUUGACAAGCAGAUCGCUCCUAAUAAUAUUGUGGUUUUCGCCGACCCUACGUCUAAGAUGAACAUCAUUGAACCGGCGGGGUUUUGUAAAGUUAAAUUCCGAGAUAACCGCGAGGUCACUCAGACGAUAAAACGACUGGACGAGCAAAUCAUUGAGUGGCAAAGACAGAUUGAUGAAUCAGAAUCAGCGGAUGAGAAGCUUUCCCUGCAGUCAUUGAUAGUAAAACGUGUCGAUGAGCUCAUGCCCGAUUACAAGAGGGUGGCAUUGAAGUUUGCAGAGCUGCAAGAUACGCCAUAUAGAGCUGUUAAGAAGGGCGUUAUCCAGGAUGUGUUGCCUUUCACUGAGACGAGGAUGAGGAUCUAUUGGUCAUUCCAACGGCGGAUGGCUGUUUAUGCCCUCAGGAGGAGAUAUGUAACCUUAUCGCCGUCAACUGCACUUUCUGAGGCGGAGCGAUGCAUUAUGGCCUGGGCCAAAGACGAUGGUGUUGAUAUCGAUGAUGAUAUGAAAGUAGCUCAAUGGGCACAACAAUACGGCCAGGAGUCCCAUAAGGUGGCGGCCUUUUCCCAUCGUUUCGCUGUGGUUCGCCGUACUCAUAUCCAGUCUCGUGUACUUGAGCUAGCGUCUAACAGCAGUACUGCUCGUUCAACCGUAGCUGCACUGGCGGCCCUUCAAAGCAGUUGUGGAGUGCCACGAAGACUGUCGGUUGCUGUUCAAGGAAAUACCACUAAACCCCGCUCUGUGUCGGUUGACGCUUUCUCUGUGUCUACUGGGCCUAGCACUAACGGAUCGCCCACCCCCUUCUCCCCUGGACCUGAGAUACUCACACGCAGGCGACGCUGCGUCUCGAGCACUGGAGCUAGGAAAUCGCGUUAAGAUACCCCUUCAACCGAGGAUGAUAUUCGAAGCUGUUCACGCUUACCAGUUUACACUCCUCAUCAGACUUCUCCCUCGGUG